AUGCAGUCCGCUCUCGUCCUCCUCGCCACUCUCCUGGCCGGCGCCAACGCGUGCGCCAACUACAACAAGUGCCACUGCACCAACGCGGACGGCAGCGCCAACGACACCAUCACAGCGGUCGUCUGCAACAACAGCAACAAGCUCGCGCCGUCCAGCCCCGGCUGGCCGCUGUACUCGGAAGAUGAGGACUCGGUCAUGAAGUGCGUCCUCAACACGGGUCCCCACAACGACUUUGUCGGCAUCGACAACUGCAAGUUCCGCGAGUUCUGCACCAAGGCCGGGGCCACCGGCUCCGACUCCUUCUGCGAGGUCAACCGUAAAGACUAG